AUGGACAGUGGGUUAAUAAAUGCUGUCUUAUUUAUUGAUUUAAAAAAGGCUUUUGAUACCAUUGAUCAUAACAUUUUACUACCGAAGUUAGCUUGUUACGGUUUCAACAAAAAAGCGAUUGAUCUUUUUAGAAACUAUCUUUCUGAUCGUACUCAAAUAACAGUUAUUAACAACAUACGAUUUGAUACUCGUAAA